AGUUUCGCCCUGAAACUGAAAUUCAUCGCCAUAUUGUGAUUAAUGUUUGUCAUUUUAAUAGUUUUUAGACAUUUCCUGUGAUUUUAGAAUGGGAAUAAUGAACGAUUCAACUUUAUAUUAACAAACAAUUUCUACGCUGAAAAAGGUUCCAUGCUACAGCUAUAAGGACGUCACAGAAUGAAGUUGGUUCUACGAAACACAUCAGGUGAAACGGUAUCUCUCCUAGUUGGACCUGAAGAGACAUUUCAAGAUCUCCAAAAACGUGUUCAGUCUGAAGUUGGCCUGGCUCUUGAUCUACAUGAUUUGGCCGUUAAGGGAAAAACCAUUGAUGAAAACCAAGGAGUUAUUGAUUAUUUUACUAGCCCAGAUGUAACAGAACUGUCAAAGCCAGCUGAAGCACCACCAGAUAUACAACAAGAUGUCAAGUGUUCUGUUCCCUCUUGUGAAAACACCAAGUUCUCUUGCCCAGAGAAAGCUUUCUUCACAUUACCUCUGGAGGAAAUGAGAUGUCACCAGUGGGCUUUGUACUGUCACCGUCUCAGUGAUGAAUCAGGCAAGCACCGCAUCACUCUCACUGCUCAGUCAGUCAUCUGUGCGGAUCAUUUCCGAAAGGACCAAUUUGUCAAGAACACUACCACAUUACUAAAACGGACAGCUGUGCCAUGUAUCAACCCUGAGAUACCUAUUGGUUCUAGUGAUCCAGUUGCUGUUAGGCGGAAACCUGCUAUCAGAUCUGGAUUGGCAACCUUGAAAACUGACUUACCAAUCACAUUGCCCUUACCUACUCUGGAUGCUCUUAAUCUGCUUCAGCAGACAAGUGGUGAUGAUGUUGAAAACACUGCAUUCUGUCGUCUCUGCUCCCAGCUGUGCUCUAACUUCAUCUUCAUAUUUGAUGAAGUCGGAAUAAAAUUGAACAUAGCAGAAAAGAUAAACUCAUGUCUCCCUGUUACUGUACGGGAUACAGAUUUACUGCCAAAACAAAUAUGCAAAUCUUGUUAUGAUAAGCUUCUUCUGUGUCAUGACAUGGCAGAAACCUCACUUAAAGCAGAAUCUAAACUUCAAGACAUGAUCACUAAUAAGCACUUUAGCUCUCAGCGGCUGCAUGCAUCUGAUUUGCUCAGCUCAACGUUUGGGCCCUCGGAUGGGGAAGAUUCUCAAGAUAGCAACUUAUUAGAUAUUGGAAAUACGAACAAAACAAAAUCUUUAUUUUGCUGUCCAUUGUGCAGCUGUGGAAAGAUGAUAACAAAGAGUGGCAUAUACAGAAUCAAACAUGAUUCAUGUCAGUCUGAAAUUAGGAAGGAAGAUAACAAAGAAUAUAAAGAAGGUAAUCAUUCCCAAUGUUUUCCUGGAGAAAUUGAUCUUGCUGUAAAAGACAAUGAAAAUGUCUUAGAAAAUGAAAAUGAAAAGAAAAAUACAAAAAAAGAAGCCAUCAAGCCCACUCAACAACAUAUGUGGGGAACACAAGACUAUUCUCUUAAAAUAUCUGACUUAGAUAUGGACACACUUUAUAAUGACCCGGAUAGUAUUGUCGGAAUGGAGUUAGACUCAAUACCAGAAGAUGAGCCCUGGGAAAAUAUUGACACUAAGAAGGAUAUUAAAGUUGUCAUAAAAGGUGAAAAAGAGUCAUUAAUUUGUAGAUUAUGUGGAAUAGAAUUUUCAGAAUUGACUGCCUUGCUAGACCAUUCAGAAGACCAUUCGGAUACUCAAUGUUUUCCCUGCACUCUCUGUGAACAGUGGUUUAGUAGCAAGUCGGUGUUGGAUACACACUUUGUGGAUAAUCACUUCUAUCACAAGGAGACUAGUAACUUCUUGCAUCAAUGUGAUUCUUGUGGUGUAGGGUUCAAAAGUGUGGUCAAACUAGAAUCACAUGUCUGCGGAUCUAGUUCCGGCUCUAAUAGAUGCCCUCAUUGCAACAAGAGUUUCCGAUCAGAAGCAAGACUGGAAUUUCAUCAAAGGUUCCACGAAGGUGCUAAACCAGGAUACUGUGAAAUAUGUCAAAAGACCUUUCCAGAUGAACUGAAACUAUACAAGCAUACUAUGUACUUACAUUCCCAGAAUAAAGGACACUGCUGUGAAGAGUGUGGCAAAGUUUUCAGAUCCAACAGCUCCCUUAGAUACCACCAAAGAUCACAUCAAGGUCAAGAUAUUAUGAAGCCGUAUCCCUGUGAAUACUGUGGAAAAUGUUUCAUUCGGAAAAGCAUGUUAAGGAACCACUUCAUGAAUACUCACAAAGACAAAACUCAAGAAGGAACCUGUUUUACUUGUAAGCUCUGUUUCGAGGCAUUCCCGAGUACAGAUCAUGCUGUCAACCACAUGGAUGUAAUGCACAUUCCUGAAUGUAGCGGAGAGGCGACAUAUAGUUUUGAAAUGCACACGGUUAAACGUCUUUAUCUCUGUGAAUAUUGUGAAAGGAGCUUUACAGACCCAGCAAACCUCAACAGUCAUAGGGAACGACAUGCACCGGAAUACCCGUAUCAGUGUAAACUGUGCAAUGAGGGGUACUCUGCUGCAUCUUUGCUUGGAGAACAUAAAAAACUCCACUUUACAGGAGGUGUUUCAGACUACAUUACUGAGUUUACAGUCCCUACUGUAUAUAUGUGUGAGUAUUGUGAACGUUGUUUCAUGAACAGCGUGAAACUUUCAGAGCAUCUUACUGUACAUUUUGGUGAAGAACCGUAUCAUUGUCGCUUCUGUGACAAGAAAUUCAAAACUAAUUUGGAAGCUGCCGACCACCGUCUCACUCACGACCAAUCUUUAUCACCGAUAGACGAUUCCUACAGGCCUUACGAGUGUCACUACUGUCCAAAAUCUUUUUCAAUUGAAGAUGCCCUUGUAAAACACAUUAGAAUGCACACAGGAGAGAAACCGUUCAUAUGUGACCAAUGCGGGAAGGGAUUCUCUCAGAGCUCGGGACUCUACACUCAUCAGAAGGUCCACUCUGACGAGCGACCGUACAACUGUCCUUUCUGUCCAAGAACUUUCAAGAUAAAAGGAGACAGAGAUGUGCACGUGAGGAAGCACUCAGGGGACAGGCCGUACAAGUGUGACUUCUGUGGCAAGGCGUUUAUGACACAGCAUGUGUAUAGUCAACACCGCAAGAUCCACACCGGAGAGCGACCCUACCGCUGUGAUGUGUGUGGGAUCGCAUUUAGACGCUCACAUGUCCUCACAGUUCACAAGAGAAUCCACACUGGCGAGAAGCCCAACAUUUGUGAUAUCUGUGGCAAACGGUAUCGACAGAAAGGAGACAUGUUAAAACAUCGUAGACUACAGCACAACAUCGUCAAAGUUAGAAUUCAAAAAAUAGAGUUUUAAACAUGUUGUAAAAUGUUGUACUUGCUCCAAUCUUAAGUGUAGAGUUUGAAAAUAUUGAUAUGAAUUUUGUGAAUUUUUUUUUUUUUACCAGUAUUCACUUGUCCUUCAUUUUGCAUGAAGCAAAUCAUCUUGUAUUUAUAAUAAAUUAAUAUGAUGUGUGUAAAAAGUAAAUGUAUAAAUGUACAUUAUUUAUUACUUUGUAAAAAUAUAGGUAUCUAA